UUAAGAACAACUAUCUUUGUUAUUGUUACUAUUGUUACCAUAACGAGAGAAACUUUCCUGUAUUUUUGCAAAUAUUCAGCAUUUUUCCACCACUUAUAAAAAGUUAAUAAUAAUAAUAAAGUAGGGAAAAAAAAAAAAAAAAACUUUAAAAAGAGGUAGGAGGUGAAAUUACGUUUAUGAACCUAGUACCCAUCUCUACCACUACCACCUCACGGGUCCCUCAAUAGUCAAAUCCUUCUAUCUUCUCUUUCUUUCUCAUCCACCCCUUCGACCUUCAAACCCUAGAUCCCCUUUUCCUUAUUUUCUCUCUCCUCUUCCGCCGCCACUCUUUUCACCGCCGAUUACCUCUAAUCGUCGAUUAAUUACACCUUUAUCCUUUUCCGAUCAUCAAUUUCUUCAUAUUCCCCUUAAUUUUUUGUUCCUGUUUUUCCCCCUUUUCGCGCUUCCGAUCUGGUCGCGCUGAACAUGGCCCACAAGCGACCAUUUGAUGACGAAGUGGUUGAUGAGGGUUCCUCCAAACAUCAGAGACAGGAUGGACCUAGUGAUGAGAUAAGCUUAUGUAAUGGUAUCUCCCAACAUCAGAGACAGGAUGGACCUAGUGAUGAGCUAAGCUUAUGCAAUGGUAGUUUCUCCAUAGAUGGUGCCUGUGGGAAACCUUAUGUUUUAGGUGAUUCCAGCAUUGAAAAUGAUCAAUUGGAUCUGCGUCAAGAGCAUGCUAAUGGCAGUUGCCCUGUACCCAGGGAGGAUGUUGAAAGUGAUGCUCCCAGGUCUGCUUCUUUAUCACACUGGGCAACCAGUAGGACUAGUGAUGAUGAACUGUCAGAAGAACCUGUCCAGUUGCCUUUAUAUCCUGGAUAUUUUAGUUUCGACAAUCAUGUGAGACCAAUAAAUCCAGAAGAUGUAUAUUAUUGUCUGUUAGAUUAUCCUCCAAGGAAGCGAGUUCCUGUUGGGCCUGAUCAUCAAGCAGAUAUUCCUAGUUUGGAAAUCCAGAUAAAAGAGAGUACUUCUGAUGAUUUAGGAAAAAUCGAACCUGCUCCUUCUGACAUACACACUGUCGAGAUUGUGGAGGGUGGGCUGGAUGGGAUAUGUAUCAUGCCAAUUCCGAAUAUCGAGCCUCUGCCUUAUUAUGGUGAGAAAGUUGGAAAUGGUAGGACUGAGUGUACAUGCCCAGAUCAGGGAUCUGUGAGAUGUGUCCGGCAGCAUAUUGCAGAAGCUCGAGAUGAAUUGAGGAGAACCCUUGGUCAGGAUAUAUUCGUGGAGUUGGGUUUCUAUGACAUGGGAGAAGUUGUGGCAGAAAAAUGGAGCUUGGAGGAAGAGCAGUUAUUCCACGAGGUUGUAUAUUCCAACCCUGCAUCACUGGGUAAAAAUUUUUGGAAUGUUCUUUCAGCUGUAUUUCCUUCUCGAACCAAGAUGGAAAUAGUAAGCUACUACUUCAAUGUUUUCAUGCUUAGAAAGCGAGCAGAGCAAAACAGAUGUGAUUCAUUCAACGUAGAUAGUGAUGAUGACGAAUGGCAUGGAAGUGAUGAUGAUGGGGGUGAUGAAGGUGGAGUGUCAGAAGAAGAUGAAGACUCUGGUAUUGAGUCCCCUGUUCGUCAUGGUGGCCUUGCGUUUCAUCAAAAUGGUUUGCAUCUGCAAGGGGAUGAACAUGGACUUGAGGAUGAUGGGGACCUAUCAGAUGAAGCCCGAGAAAACGAUGGCCUCAAUGGUGAUGGUAUUGUGAGAAAAUCUGACCAUGAUUCUUCCUUUGAACAUCCUGGCAAGAAGUCUGAUGAUGAUGGUGAAAAUGAUGUCCAAGAUGGAUCAUGCACAUCCUCUGAUUCGGGCGCCUCUGUGCAAGGAUCCCAGUUGAAGCCUGAUGGUUGUCAUGAGUGGAACGAAUAUAUCAUAGAUUCAUCCGAUGCUAAAGUGUGGGAUGGGUAUAGUAUGAGUUGUCCUAAACAAAAUAUGGAUUUCUUAUCUACAUGCAGUAUGAUUGAAGAGGUGUUUGGAGAUGGUGGUUUUGAAUCUAAAGGCAAGAGAUGGUGAGGUACGAAAUCUGCUAUUGUAAUGGAGGGUUUAAGUCCAUCAUUUUUAUCCGGGCUUGUUUAGUCAAGAUUCGGGCACCCAGAGUGUGACUAGCUUCCUCUGCAUGUCUGCAAAAGAUAACCAUGUGUUUAUUUUCUUUUUAGAGCAUUAGAGGAUCCAAUUUUUCCUGAUGUAAAUUGCCAAUUGAGUGGAAAGAUGGAAGUCCAGCAUAAAGUGUAAAAUAGUAACAUUAUAUUUGUGGCGCGCCUACCUAAGCUGUGUGCCACUUCUGUAGCUUCUCUCUUAUUUUACAACUUGUAAAAGCCUUAGCCUUUGGGUUUUACAACUUAAUUUUGACCCUUCUCUUCUAUGGUGAAUAAACUUAAAUGUCUAAUAGUAUGAAAAA